UCCCACUAAGGACCCUACUAUCAUAACUCCAUUUUUCUCUCCCUCUCUUCUCUUUCUUAAUUUACCUAUUCUCUCACGUCUCAAAUAUUUUCUCCUCCAUCUCUCGCCAGCUUCAAGAUAUCACUCAUUGAGCAAAGUAGGUCAAAAAAUUUGCUCAACAAGGUAAAACAUUUAUUAGUUAGCUAGCAGUAUGGGGAGAGCACCUUGUUGUGACAAGAAUGGCCUCAAGAAAGGACCAUGGACAACCGAGGAGGACCAGAAACUCAUUGAUUACAUUCAGAAACAUGGAUAUGGCAAUUGGAGGACACUCCCAAAGAAUGCUGGGUUGCAAAGGUGUGGAAAGAGUUGCCGUCUCCGUUGGACAAACUAUCUACGACCAGAUAUAAAGCGAGGUCGGUUUUCAUUUGAAGAGGAAGAGACAAUAAUUCAACUACAUAGCAUUCUUGGCAACAAAUGGUCUGCCAUUGCAUCUCGCUUACCAGGAAGGACUGACAAUGAAAUAAAGAAUUAUUGGAACACUCACAUUAGAAAAAGGCUUCUGAGGAUGGGAAUUGACCCAGUGACACACAGUCCUCGACUUGAUCUAUUGGACAUCAAUUCCAUUCUAAACGCAUCUUUCUAUGGUUCAUCACAAAUCAACAUCCAAAGGCUCCUUGGCAUGCACCAGUACGUGGUGAACCCUGAGCUUUUAAAAUUGGCUUCUUCACUCUUCUCCACCUCGCAGCAACACAAUCAUGACCCUGAUGACAUGUGUGCUCAAAAAGGUCAACAGAAUCAGCUUUGCGAUCCUCAAAUUCAGAACCAUGUUCCACACUUUGUCCAAUAUCAAGAUCCAAUUCAAGAAGUGCCUGCAUGCAGCACCAUGUUCAGCACCCCUUGUUUUUCAAUGCCUCUAACUCAACCACAGUUGGUUGAGCCAAAUAAUGUGGACCAAUAUACAUCAUCAACUUUCACAGACUUCAGUUACCAACAACUAAGUGAUUGGCACAAAGAUGGGAUUGCGUUAAGCACCUUAACAGAUGACUAUAUGCCUCAGUUAUCAAGCUAUAAUAAUUAUUAUAGUUCUAAUAGUCAUCAAAAUCUCAUGUAUCCUCAAGUGUCCGAACCUUCAACUUUUCAUUCCAAUAACAGCAAUCAUCAGAACUUCAGCUUCGCUUCAGUUCUAUCAACACCUUCGUCAAGCCCCACACCGCUGAAUUCGAACUCCACGAUAAUCAAUGGGAGCAACACAGAAGACGAGAGAGACCAAAGCUAUGACAGUAGUAACAUGUUGAAAUUUGAAAUCCCAGAUAUUUUAGAUGUGAAUGAGUUCAUGUAAUGUGAUCAGAUAGAUCUUCAAUGAUUAAAUCGACCAAAACGUUGAUCGAUUAUAUCACAUGUCCCCCAAUUGUUUUUCUUUUCUGGGAUAGCUUGAUUAUGGAUCCAUGAUGUAGGUUCAUACCUGUAACAUUUCUUAAUUUUCAUUAUUGAUUAAAUUUUCAAAUGUUUAAAUUUCUUAA